AACGAACUGUGGAGAGGGAAACAUAGCACUGCGUAUGUAUCACUUAACCGGGUGUAUUAACACAUACACAUUUUAUGAAAAUUCGGCCACACGACGGGACAUAACGUCACCCAUAGCUUAACAAGGCCAGUUUGAUAAGAAUUACAAAACCAGGAAAAAGUCAUGAAGAAGACGGGUAGCCUGCACGUGUCGACUGUGGAAAUAGGGAACGACUUGUUCGAUCGGUCGGUGGACGUCACACACACGUUGUCCAUUCACGACGUCCACUACGAAGUCAAUGUUAGGAAGCGACCAUGUGCCCGGGCCACGAAAAAGAUGAUUUUGAAAGGAAUGACUGGGAUUUUCAAGCCAGGAAUGAACGCUAUUUUAGGUCCUACUGGAAGUGGAAAAUCAUCGUUAUUGGAUUUUCUCGCUGGCAGAAAGGAUCCUAAAGAUGUUUCAGGAGAUGUACUUCUGGAUGGUUCUCCACCCCCAAAGAACUACAAGUGCAUGGUGGGAUAUGUCGUACAGGAUGAUGUUGUCAUGGGGACAUUAACUAUGCCAUCAUCGGUUACCAGGCAACAACGACGUCUGCGUGUUGACCAGGUGAUAGAAGAGCUUGGCCUUACAGAAUGUGCCGAUAGAAAGGUAGGGACCGAGUUUAUUCGCGGUGUGUCUGGAGGAGAGAGAAAGAGAACGAACAUUGGAAUGGAGCUGAUUAUUUCUCCCCCAGUUCUCUUUCUCGAUGAGCCAACAACCGGACUCGAUGCAAGCACGGCCAGUUCUGUGAUGCUACUCUUAAAGAGGAUGGGUGAUAAAGGUCAGACGAUAGUAUUUUCCAUACACCAGCCUCGGUACUCCAUCUUCAAGCUGUUUGACAACCUGAUGCUGCUGUCUGCAGGAGAAACCGUCUACUUUGGCUCGGCUCACAAGGCCUUGGAACAUUUUCACUCCAUUGGUUACGUCUGUGAAGAACACAACAACCCUGCCGACUUCUUCCUCGAUGUGGUGACAGGUGAUGUUCUAACACUGGCAGAUGCCGAUACCGACGCCAUUCACACAGAGGGACUAGACGAGUCUUUGCAGAAGAAACUGGUGAACGGUUUCCAGUCAUCAGAGAGUAAUACAAAACUAAUGACUGAAGCCAAUAAUAUUCAUGCUCAGUACAGAAAGCAGUUUGAAAGUGGAACUCUAGUGAGACAACCACCAGUUCUGUAUGCCACGUCUUUUCUCACACAGCUAAGAAUUGUUUCUGCAAGAUCGGUACUAAAUCUCAUCAGAAAUCCUCAAACAUCUAUAAUUCAGAUGCUUGUCACAAUAACAUUUGCCCUCAUAGUUGGAACUAUAUAUUUUGAUAUCAAUUCAUCAGUGGAAUCAGGCAUACAAAACAGAAUUGGUGCCUUUUUCUUUGUGACAAUGAACCAGAUGUUUGGAGCUAUGUCAGCAGUUGAACUUUUUAUCAAACAAAGAGUCAUCUUUAUACAUGAAAAUGCGAGUGGAUUCUAUCGAGUUUCUGCAUUCUUCCUCGCAAAGGUCAUUUGUGAUGUUGUACCCAUGCGGCUAAUUCCGGUGGUGUGUUUCUCCACCAUUGUUUACUGGAUGGUUGGUUUUCAACAGUUUGUUGCGAAAUACCUGUUCUUCACCAUGAAUCUCUUUUUCACAACUCUAGCAGCAUCUGGUAUUGCUUUUGCCAUCAGUGCUGGCGUGAGAGUCUUUGCCAUUGCCAAUCUUGGUAUUUCCAUGUCAUUCGUGAUUAUGAUGUUGUUUGGUGGCUUACUACGUAAUCUGAAUGACCUCGGUGACUGGAUCAGCUGGAUCAAGUGGUUUAGUGUUAUUAGAUACAGCCUGGAUGCACUGACAAUCAAUGAAUUGAAGGAUCAAAUGUUCUGUACCGGAACCAACUGCACAUCUGGAAAUAAGUAUAUGGAUACACAGGGUAUCCAGUACACAACCACCUGGGAUCUCUGGCAGAAGGAAGUGGCCCUUUUGGGUUUUGUAGUUAUAACCUUCAUCUUGGCCUACAUCCAGCUGAGACGAAUCAAGAAGCUAAGCUAAAGACAACACCAGAAACCCUGAUCUUCUUAUUAGACUAAUCCUGGACAAUCAAGACCAUACAGCAGUGGAGGAUCUAGGCAUAUUUGUGGGGUGGGUGGGUGUGUGACCAUUUGACAAAAGAACGAGUAUCGCUAAAUACAACACCAACAUCCCCUUCUUAUUUAACUAAUUCUGUACAAUCAAGAACGUACUGCAGUGGAGGAUCUAGGCAUUUUAGCAGGGGUGGGUGUGUGACUAUUUGACAAAACAAUGAGUAUCGGUAAACUCAACACCAACAACCUGAUCUUCUUAUUUGACUAAUCAAGAAUGUACAGCAGUGGAGGAUGUUGGUGGGGUUGACAGGGGUGGGGUGUGUGUAUGUGACUAUUAGACAAAACAAUGAGUAUUGCUAAACACAACACCCCUGAUCUUCUUAUUGAACUAAUCCAGUACAAUCAAGAACUUACAGCAAUGGAGGAUCUAGGCAUAUCGAUUGGGGUGGGAAUGUGUGGGGUGGGGAUUGUGUGUGUGUGUGUGUGUGACUAUUUCAUAAAACAGUAAGUAAUGCCAAACACAACACCAACAACCCUGAUCUUAUUGGACUAAUCCUGUUAAGUCAAGAACAUACAGCAGUGGAGGAUCUAGGUGUGUUGGGGGUGAGGUGUGGAAGACUAUUUGACUAAACCUGUUAAAUCAAGAACAUUUUGCAGUGAUGGAUCUAGUUGUCUUGGUGGGGGUCGGGGGGGAGACUGACUAAUCCUGUACCAUCAAGAACAUUUUGCAGUGGAUGAUUUAUCAGGCCAUAGGAUUUCACAUUUCAUGGAAAACACUUUGUCGGUUCUGUGUCUUGUGAUGCAUGGGAGCCCAUUAGAAACUGUUUCUAAAAAAUAAUUAUAUAUAUACAGUGAAACCUCUCAAAACCGGAUUGGUAUAAUACUGACAUCUGCCUAUUCCACUACUUUUAAAGAAUAUCAUUUUUUAUGAAUGUUUAUUGUUGUAAUAACUAUAAAUGGGCUUAAUAUAAAGAUUUUAGAGAAGAAACAUGCUGUAUGCUCAUGUUUGUUUUUUACUCAUCUCUAUAUUAAUAAAGAUUCAAAUUUG